CCUCCCAGUCUUGUUUCUGUGCCUGGUUUUAAAAAAACACAACUUUAUUUAUUUAGCAGUUACUAUUUUGUGUCCUUUUUUUUCACUCAUCAUCACAAACGACCUUUUCCUCACAAUGUUUUACAUCUUUCAAAGACCUCCUGAAUGGCUACGUCAAUUUUCGUGAUGGGCUCAUUCGCUUUUCAGCUCCCCCUGCAGGACUGCGGACUGUGCAUCUCUGUGCCAAACUUUGGUCCACGAAACUCAUAAAACACUUGUUCCACAAGCGGAUCACUGGCCUGACUUUAGUCUCAGGCACCAGAUGCCCCCUUCCAGCCCGCCGCGCCUAUGUCCACACCGCCGCGCCCUGGACCACCUGAGCCUCUCUCUUUCCGAACUCUCCGCGCCCUCCAGGCCGCCGUAGACUCGUGGUGACGUUUCGCGGGCGGCGGUGCUGGUUUCCCUGGUGACCGUUGCCGGGGCAGCGCUAGAAGGCGUCCGGAAGAGGUGCUACAGCAGUGGCUGCCAGAAGGCAGGAGUGAGCGCGGGCAAGAUGGCAGAAGACGAAGCCUCUCAGGACACCUUGCGGCUCCAGUUCAAGGCCAUGCAGGAGAUGCAGCACAAAAGGUUACAGAAGCAGAUGCAGAAAAAGAAGGAAAAGGAACUGAGUCUCAACCGCAAAGACGAUGACCAAAAAGAACCCUUGGAGAUCUCCGAUGGCCUCAGUUUUCUCCAGGCUGGGGAGCAAAACUUGAAAAACAGCUUUGAGCAGAGGGUGCUUGAAGAUGAGAUUGAGCAGCUUCGCCAUCAGCUCAGGGAAACAGUGGAUGAGAACGGGCGACUGUAUAAGCUGUUGAAGGAAAGGGACUUUGAGAUCAAACACCUCAAGAAGAAAAUAGAAGAGGACAGAUUUGCCUUCACAGGGACGGCCGGUAUGGCGGGGGACGCCAUCGCCACCAAAAUCGUCGAGCUGUCCAAAAAGAACCGGGUGCUGACGGCAGAGUCGGAGGGCGCAAAAACCAGAGAGAAGCAGCUGAGCAAUCGCACCCAGGAGCUGGAGCGGGAACUGCAGAUGGCCCUCGCCAGGCUGCCAGCCAAGGGGGCCACCGAUGCAGGAGCCAAGCCGCCAAGGACCCAGACGGGAGACAGAGCCUUGCCGGAGACCCCAGAGGUGAAGGCCUUACAGGACAGGCUGGCAGCCAUGAACCUGAAGAUGACUGACCUUCGCAACCAGAUGCAGUCUGUGAAGCAGGAGCUCCGAAUGGCCCAGAAGGUGUUGGCCAGCGAGGUCGGAGAAGAUGUGAGUGUUCAGCAGCUCCUGGCCUCACCAGGGACCUGGAGGGGUCGCGCUCAACACAUUCUCGUUUUGCAGAGCAAGGUCCGAGAGCUUGAGAGACAGUUGGAACAGACCCAGAGCCGGUCUGUGGGGACAGCCAGUGACGAGCUGUCUGUCUGUCCAGACCCAAGGAAGCUGUCGGCACAGGAGAGAAAUCUGCUGAGGAUCCGCAACCUGGAGAGGGAGAAGCAGGAAGGCUGGGAGAAACUUGCCAGCGAGCGGGAUGCCCUGCAGAGAGAGCUGGAAGACCUGAAAAAGAAGUUCGAGGGCGUGCGGUCCCGAAACAAAGUGCUGUCCAGUGAAGUGAAGACCCUCAGGAGCCAAAUGGGGACCCUCCUGGAGAAGGGCAGGCACGACGACGAGCUCAUCGAUGCCCUCAUGGACCAGCUGAAGCAGCUACAGGAGAUUUUGGGCAGCCUGAGUCUGCAGGAAGAAAAGACACGAGCAUCCCACCACCGCCUGGACCAGCAGCUCAACAACGAGGCUCAGCAGAGCAGCAGCCUCGUCGCCCAGUUGCGGGCCAUGGUGGCUGAGCGGGAGGCCAAGGUGCGGCAGCUGGAGCUGGAGAUUGGGCAGCUCAGCGUGCAGCAUCGUCGGCACAAAGGAGUGGGCGAGGGGUCCAGUGAGCCCGAGGUCAGCCCUGCCUACGCCAAGUUCCUGGAGGACCCUGACCUGACCAAGCCCCCGGCCUCGGCAGGCGAUCACGUUGGCAGGCUCGGCUCUUCUCGCUCUGUGACCAGCCUGGGCCACACGCUCGUGGAGUCCGCUCUCACAUGGCCUUCCCUGCCCAGCCCUCAAGGGGCCUCGCCCAGGUUUGUGGACUCCCCAGAACAAAAAGGCUGGCAGGCACAGGUAACAGAGUUCAAGGCUCUGUGGCAGGCCACCAAGGUGGAACGCGACCGGCUCACCGAGUUUGUCACUGUCCUGCAGAAACGGGUGGAGGACAGCAACGGCAGGCUCCUGGAGUCAGAGAGGAAGCUGCAGGAGGAGCGGCUGCGCGCCGUGGUGCUAGAGCAACAUCUGGAGAAGAUGCGCCUGGAGCCGGGGAGGACGCCGGCCUCUCAGAGGGCAGCUUCCAGGAGCAAAGCAGGUCUGCCCGCCUCUAACACCAGGCACAAACCGAAUGAGAGCGAGAGGAAGGACCCGUCUGUCGCCCAGCUCUCCAGCGUGCCCAUGGAGUCCCAGAUGGAGGAGCUGACCACCAGGCUGGCCAUCCAGGUGGAGGAGAAUGAAAUGCUGAAGGCUGCCCUGGCCAGCGCUCUGCGGGGAAAGGAGGAGGACUUCCGUAUGUACCACGAGACCCUGGGCCAGGUGAAAGGGGUCUUCCUGCAGGCCCUGCGGCAGCAGAAGGCGGACAAGCACUAG